AUGAUGCCAAAAAGGCGUCAAACUCGUGUUCUGCAGCUCGAAGCUCAAGGAGGUGCGAAGGCCUUGAGCGUCAACACUCGUGGCCUCAUGUCGCCGAAAUCAGAAGCUGACUCAACCGAUGAAGGCCCGAUGGUCCCCAGCUUCGAGGUAGAGGAGGGCACUCCCCGAGACUCUGACACGGCGCCGGAGGUGCAGGAGGACUUCGGGGAGGUGGAGAAGCCACAGCCGUCAAACAAGAAGUAUUUGUUCAAGCUUGGCAUCGCUGAUGGCAUGGUGCCACAAGCAGAUACCGUCUACAAGCCCAGGGAAGAGAGACCAAGGCAGCACUGCACUCUGAUCAUUUUUGAUUGGGAUGAUACUCUUUUGUGCACAUCGGCCUUACAAAGUGGGAAGCCACCCAAAGAUCAGGAGCUUUUAGCCUUGGAGGCGGAGGCCGUGAAGCUUUUCGAGCUCGCAAAGACCCUGGGGACGGUGAUCAUCAUCACCAAUGCGAUAAAUGGUUGGGUGGAGCACAGUUGUGCCAAGCAUAUGCCAACACUGGCGAAGCAUUUGGAGAACGUGGAAAUCAUCAGCGCAAGGGCGAAGUAUGAGGAGCGUUUCCCAGAUGAUCCAACGCAGUGGAAGGUGGAAGCCUUUUGCGAGGUGAAGGAGAACAGUCAAACCAUCGCCAACCUCGUGGCGUUGGGCGAUUCCACCGCGGAGAUGGCUGCGCUCCAUGCGAUGGCCAAACUCUAUCACAUUUCCUACACAAAGACCAUCAAGUUCAAGGCGCGGCCUCGUUGUGUGGAACUGCAGCAAGAGCUUUGCUUGGUUGAAAAGAAACUGGCAACGAUUGACGAUCCCGACCUGAUCAUCGGCGCCCGCAAGGGGUCGCCCCUGAUCCUGGGGGUUGGACACGGCGAGCACAUGCUUGCCAGUGAUGCAUCUGCCAUCGUAGAACACACCAAGGACGUGGUCUACCUACGUGAAGGAGAGAUCGUUGAAGUCCGGCGGUCUGGGUUCAAGGUGCAUGACCUGGAGAAGGUCGUGAGGAAGUUGGGGAAGAACACCAUAAGCCCACGACCAGAUGAUGUGGAAAACCCCAUCGUGAGGCUGGAGCUGUCGCUCGAGCAAAUUGAGAAGGGUGGCUACAAGCACUUCAUGCUGAAAGAGAUCAUGGACCAGCCCAACGCCAUGCGGAACUGCCUCCGUGGCCGGAUCUACCAACCAGCGGAAGCACCCGACCGCUGGGAGAUCAAGCUUGGAGGCUUGGAGAAGGCCAAAGAGGGCGCCCUCAAUCCUCAGAGCCCACUGGAGAGGAUGGCAAAUGCCUGCAGAUUUAUUUUCGCGGCGUGUGGUACCUCCUGGCAUUCGGGCCUCAUUGGCAAGUAUGCUUUCGAGAAACUUGCUGGAGUGAGAGCAGAAGUGGAGUAUGCCAGCGAGUUCAGAUAUCGCAAGCCCUUGAUCUGUGACUCGGACUGUCUCAUUGCAAUCUCCCAAAGUGGGGAGACAGCAGAUACCUUGGAGGCCAUUAAGAUGGCCAAGGAGCAUAAAGCGGCGGCGCCUAGCAUCGCGAGCGUCGGUUCAUCGUUUGACCCGAAAGCGGAACUGCCACAGGCCUUGACCAUUGGUGUGGUGAACGUGGUGGGUUCGAGCAUUGCUCGUGAGACCGAUUGCGGCAUGUACCUACAUGCUGGGCCGGAGAUCGGAGUGGCUUCCACCAAGGCUUUCACCUGCCAGGUCAUAGCACUUCUCUUAAUGGCACUUCGUUUGGGCAAGCAGCGUGGUGCACUCUCGGAAGAGAUGCUGAACAUGUACUGUGCGGCCCUGAACGCCGUGCCGGACAGUAUAGAGAAGUGGAUGUCUUCCUUGACCGAACAGACCCAGGUGAUUUCGAAGAACCUCCGCUUGGCCACCAAUGCGCUCUUCAGCGGCAUGGGGGUCCACUUCCCGGUGGCCUUAGAGGGAGCACUCAAGCUCAAGGAGAUUUCCUACAUCCACGCCGAAGGCUUUCCAGCCUCCGAGAUCAGGCACGGAGGCAUCACGCUGAUCCGGAACUUUGUGCCGGUGAUUUGUAUAGCAAUGAGGUCCGACCCUGCUUACGAGCAAAUCAAGCAGAUGGUCCGUGACUUCAGGCACAAGGGUGCAGCUCUCCUGGUCCUCACGGAUGAUGGUAACACCGACUUUGCCGGUGUGGCACACUUCACCCUGUGCUGUCCGGCCACAAAGCUGGAGAUGCAGCCCUUGAUUAGCUGCAUACCCUUGCAGCUGCUGUCCUACCACAUUGCGGACAUGAGGGGCUGCUCCAUAGAUCAGCCACGGAAUCUGGCGAAGAGUGUGACCGUUGAGUGA